AUGAGUGGUUCCGAUAGUGAUGAUGAAAAUAUCGUCCAGUAUGGCACUCCGCUCGAGCCAUACGAAGAAGAUGAAGUACCAUCGAAAAGGAAGUUCCAGCAACCACCCGACCAAUACGCAGUUGAUGCCCAUGGGCGGCGGCGAUUCCAUGGCGCUUUUACCGGUGGCUUUUCGGCGGGAUUUGGUAACACAGUUGGUACACCAGAAGGGUGGACCCCAGCGACUUUUAAGAGUUCCCGAUCGGAGAAAGCGCAGACAGCAAGCCAAAGACCUGAAGACUUUAUGGAUGAGGAAGACAGAAGUGAGUUUGGUAUAGCUCCAAAGCAAAUGCAGACAGUUAGAGAGUUUUCUGGUCAGAAACGAUCUAGACCUAAUCGGUAUCACGAAGGACCUAUACCUGGUGAACCAGUAUUAGAACAAUUGUUAAGACCUGUACAUGAAUCUGCAGCUGUUCGCAUGUUACAAGCAAUGGGGUGGAGGGAAGGCCAAGGAACAGAGUUUCGAGAGGCAAAACAAGAUUCUGAAGAGAGUUCGGAAUCGGAAUUCGAAUAUGAAACUCUAUUCGCGCCAGAAGAUUAUGAACCAUAUAUACUUCAGCGGAAGAAUGAUAAGUUUGGCCUUGGAUAUAGUGGGUUGAGCAGGCAUUCAGUUUUGGGCAAUUUGGUGGGUGAAUAUGGCAGUAGUGAUAAUAGAAGCCAUUUAGUUAUGAAGGAUAAGGGAAAGAAGGUAUCAAUUCGCGGUCAAGCAUUCGGCGUUGGUGCUUUUGAAGCUGAUGAUGAAGACAUAUAUGCCACAGAGGAUAUGUCGCACUACGACUUUGCCUUGGGAGCUCCGAGCAAACAAGUGGAGAGGAAAAGUGUUAAGCGCGAUAAAAAUGUACUAGAAGGCUUUAUGAAAUCAACGAAGCCAUUACAGCCUGUACCGUCGUACCCACCGCCGACGUUACCAAGGGACUAUAAACCUAAACCGGCUGGAAGCAGGCGCACGAGAUUCGAACCCACUGACAAGCCGCAGAGAGAUCAGGGUUUGGGUCGUCACGACUUAACUGCAGACGCGCGUGGCGCACUUUUAGGUGAAGUGCCGAUACCAAAAGCCUCUACAGAAAACAUUCCACAACCGGGCACACGAACACCAACACAAAACGCCAUAGAAAAACUGUUCGGCAAAAACGUAAAUUUUGUCUCAGAAAAAACGGAAAGCGAAGAUUUUAUUUCAAUAAAAGAUACGGGGGGAGAGCUUAAGACAUUCAGGCCGUUUGUUAGUAAUCCUUCGAAGCAGGCCAGGUACGAACGGUACCUAGAAUCAAAAACGACAGACAGCGACAGCGCUAAGGACAAACUCAGUAAAUGGGAGAGGGAAAGAGAGAUGCUGGAGUUCGAACAGGCGGCUAAGUUGUAUCGACCGCUCACUGGUGUUAUCGGCGAUAGAUUCACUCACGCCUCCCAACCAGACGACGCUUUGAAUCCCUUAUGUGCUGUUGCGAAAAGUUCUAUUAACUACGGUUUAGCCAGUGAGGAGAUGAUCGAGGCGGCAAAAAAGGGGGCCUUCGGUGUGAUGACAAGAAAGAAGGUCGAUUGGCAACCAGAACCUCUUGUAUGCAAACGUUUUAAUGUUCCCGAACUUGGGGGUAGCAGACAAGAACAAAACAAGGAAGUUAAACCAAAAGUAUCAUAUUCAAUCUUCUCGUACAUGGAAUCAUCUGUGCACGAUAAAGAAAGUUUCACAAAAGAACAAAGCAAGUUUAGUGGCUCCAAAUCCUUGAGUGAAGAAGUAAGAGUGCAGACUCCGAAAAACCAAGAUAAGACCCCUGCAGCAGCAAGUGUAAAUAAAAGAAUGACCGUGGCUGAACUAUUUCUAAAAGAAUCUGAGAACACAGAGGAGAAAGGCCAAGAAGUGACAGAGACUAUUGAGAAAUUUGAUAGAAUGGACCUCUAUAAGGCAAUAUUCUUAAGUGACAGUGAAGACGAAACCAAGGAAACAGAUAUAUUCAAUGAAAUGCCAAAAAACGUAGAGAGAAAUGAUUCCCCACCUCGUGGAAUAUUCGCCAAUAUAAAUUUCGAUGAAAUUAACUCUUGGAAAAGAUCACAGAGUGAUAAAAACAGCAGUGAUCCUAAACAGAACACUAAUAACACAGAUAAGACAUUAAGUUCUACAGAUAAAAAUAAUAUAGAUGCCAAACAAAAUACUACAGACACAGCGAAUAAGGUUGACAGAAAUGCAACGCCUGAAGAAUUAAACGUUUAUGGGCCAAAAAUUCCAGACAAUUUUCAGUUGAAUAUAGAGUUUAAUACAAAUGAAAUUUUCAAACCAAAAUUCAGAAGAAAAGAAGAUAGAAAGGACUCAUCAAGUUCAGAUUCCUGGGUCGACGCGAAAGAGGUGAAAUCAAAGAAACACAAGAAGAAAAAUAAGAAACACAAAUCCAAACAAAAGAAGUCUAAACACAAGAAAAAAGAUAAAUAG